AUGACCUGGAAUACUGGCUCCUGGGGGCCAGAGGGCUUCGGCAAGGCCCACGACCUGCCACCCAUGGAAUUUCGUGAUGGCCCACCCUGGAGUGAAGAUGAGGAUUUGGCGAGCCCUGUCGUCAGCUCCAGGCACCGAAAGCACAAAUCUUCCGCAGCAGCCCUUGGCGGAACCGCUGGGUUGAGAAAUUCUCGCGACGCGAGCAACGACAUGCUACACCCAGCACAUUACGAACAGCGGGAACGCGGUUACUACGUUGGAACCAGUGGUGAUGGCAGCGAACGAUACUACCUCAACCAAGGAGGGGAAGCGAAUGGACCCGGCGGAGAAUAUGUUACCUACCCUCCCGGCGAUGCACGGCAUUCCAGCCAUGCAUACCAGCUAGGUUUCCGCGGGGAUGACCAGUCACGAUAUUCCCGGGAUUACCAGUUCACCAUCACGUCGCCCGACGAAGAAAUGCACGGCAAAGCCGUUGCGCUUUUUGAUUUUGAAAGAGAGAAUGAAAACGAGUUGCCAUUACUCGAAGGUCAAAUCAUAUGGGUUUCCUACCGCCACGGCCAAGGCUGGCUAGUAGCCGAAGACCCGAAAACUCAGGAGAGCGGACUCGUCCCUGAGGAAUACGUUCGUCUGCUGCGAGAUAUUGAAGGCGGAAUGAACAGUCUUACCGGCAAUCUUGGCGAGGGCUCUACGUCCCCAAACGAUGUUGGAACACCUACGCAAGCAGAGCAUCACCCCCAAGGUCACACGCCGACCGGUAGCCAAUCUUCAUCCAACGGGUAUCAUCAGCCCGUGGUCUCGACGUUCUCCACGUCCAGCAAGGACUUGGACCCGUACCCUACACAGCAGCUUGGUCUUCAAUCUGGUCAACCCCCUCCGCAAGUGGUGCAUUACCACGGCCAAAGAGGUGGCAGCCAGGCCAACACGCCAACUCUGGCGUCACACCAGGAUAUCGGCAUGAUGCGCCGAGGCAGUCAGGACACUGGGGCGAAGAAGACGGAUUCCCAAGUGAGCCCCUUGACGGAGGCGAUCACAGAGAGCAAGCUAGUCGACCGAUCUAGCACACCAAAAGCAACAAACCCCACUGAGAAGCCCGCAGACCCCGAAGCCAUGGACACUGAGCGGUGA